AUGGAUCCCAAAUCGGCCUCCCCUCCCAGCCUGAGUGCGACCCGUCCAGUGGAGCCAGAGGAGGCGACAAAACUCAAGGCAAAACUCCUCUCAGCCUGGAACAGUCUCAAAUAUGUCUCAGCCUGGUCCCUCAAACAGAAAUCUAAAUUCAGCAAAAGUACUCCUGUGAUAAUGCUGGGGAAGACGUACGAGCUGACACGACCAGGGGACAGAGAGCACUUCCGCCGCUCGUUCUCCUCUAUAGUGUGGCUCACUUACAGACGUGGCUUCCCUCCGCUCCCGGGAGGCGGGCUCUCUACUGAUAGUGGCUGGGGCUGUAUGCUCAGGACGGGGCAAAUGCUGCUGGCUCAGGGACUACUGCUACACCUUAUGCCUCCAGACUGGUCUUGGACUGCCCCCCUCCACUCAGUAAAAGAUGACAUGAACCUCCAGGACAACAACCCUUCAGCCCGCUCAGCCCAGAGUCACAGUGCGCUGCGUCGUCAGCUGAGCCUGGGGUCUCUGCUGGACAGACCCCUGGAAGGCACUCACAGGAGAGUGGUGACCUGGUUUGCCGACCGGCCCUCAGCUCCAUUUGGGGUACACAGACUAGUGGAGGUGGGGAGGACCUCUGGCAACAAAGCUGGCGACUGGUAUGGGCCCUCCAUUGUAGCACAUAUACUCAGGAAAGCUGUGAAUAAAUCCCCAGAUCUUCCCAAUCUCUCGGUGUAUGUUGCACAAGAUUGCACUGUUUACAAAGAGGAUGUGAGCAGCUUGUGUGAGUGGCCCGGCUCCAACAGCACCACCUUCUGGACGUCUGUCAUUCUCUUGGUUCCUGUACGGCUUGGUGGACAGGAGCUCAAUCCCACCUACAUCCCCUACGUCAAAAAACUGCUCAGCCUGCGCUGCUGCAUUGGAAUUAUUGGUGGAAAGCCAAAGCACUCACUGUUUUUUGUGGGUUAUCAAGAGGACUAUUUGCUGUACCUGGACCCUCACUACUGCCAGCCCACUGUGGAUGUGGGAAAGGGCGACUUUCCCUUAGAGUCGUUUCACUGUAAACACCCAAAGAAAAUGCCCUUUUCUCGGAUGGAUCCCAGCUGUACCAUAGGAUUCUAUGCCAAAGAUCCUAACGACUUUGAGACACUUUGCAAAGAUGUCACUGAGGCGCUGUUCACAUCCACCACGUAUCCCAUGUUUAUCUUUGAGGAGGGUCCUGGACCUCAGGACGAUGUGAGCGGUGUGUCCACAAACCUCACCCACAUCCAGAGGAAGAGAGUCACCUCCAGCAGCAUGGACGAGUUUGUUCUUUUGUGA